UGGCUUUGGUUCCCGGGCCAAGAGCACCUGGAAGGAGAUUUGGGAUAGCAGAGCUGAUGGCUACGCAGACUUCAUCAUGAAGAAGAGCUGUGUCCAAGGGACACGCAUGUACAAGCUCCAGCAAUACCUGCAGAAGAAGCAGCAAUCUGCCGCUGCUUCCAUACCUGCUAAACAUACCCCAAGGGCCCCAGCAAAACCUAUUGUGAUGGAUGAUGAUGAAGAGCUGGAGAGAGCGAUGUUGAGCAUCUCACCCUCUAAGCUACAAGUGCAGAGCUUUGCUGUGCCAGCAGCAGUAGCAGCAGCUGCCAUACCCAGAGUGUCACCAGGAGCAAAGACAGGUUUUUAAAUAAGAGGUUUCAGGACUGGAGUAAGAUGAAUUGCCCUCCAAAACUGAAACUCGACUUAAACUGUUAUGUUGUUUGCGUUCUGGCCAUGCUCCGGCCAUGUUCCUCCAACAAUAUGGUUGUAUGCUGGCAUUAUACUAACUGUCCUAAGGACUAUGAAUUCCAACCACGAUGAUGUUCCAUCACUGUCCAACCCAACUCCUUAUACAAGUGCUGAAUUGCAGGCAUCACCAGUUGAUGCUCCAACCUCUCCAAGCAUAAAGAGGAAGACACCUGUGCCCCUUCCAGCAGAACUGACGUUCCUAGUAAAGGAGAAAACGGGUGUAAGGCAUAAGUCAACGCCAGAACUCUGCAAAAGUGCUGCUGUCACCUCUGCAAGCAAAGUGCUUGCAUUUGAGGACCGUAGUGAAAAUGUUCCUUCAGCUCAGCCACCUGUUACUGUUCUCCUGCCUGUGCAUGACCAUGACAUGAGCAGCUGGAGCUGUUCUCAACACCAGAAGCUGUGGAUGAGGAUGGAGCUUCAGGAUCUCGGGCUGUGGCCUGGGUCUCGUCCAGUGCGUAACCCAGGGAACUCAAUUUCACUAUGGCGUCUUCCUCCACAACCUGAGCUUGUUGAUAUGGCGUCUGAACUCCCAUCCCCUAACUUCUUCCAGCUACACCCAUUUUUCAUCUGGAAGCCGGAGGCUCACAUUAUGGUCAGGUUGAGAAACACUUACAUCCUGCCAUGUCUGCAUGGAUGUCCUCAUCCACAGGUGGUCUCUGCAGGAGUGGGUAGGCCUCGGGUGAUUGUUGGCACCAGUGGUCAGUAUUACAUCUUGUCCUCACGACUCUGUUGCAAGGCCUGUCAGAAGUACUGGUUUGCUGACAAUCCACGAUGGCUUGAGAAGCUGCCCAAGCGGUUUACCAACAUUCUGCCUGCAUUCCUGACGUACAAGAAGGCCAUCUGCAAAUCUGUGAUGGAUGAGCUGAGGCGCACUGGCAAGUCACCAACCGAUAUGGCAAACCAGGUGAAUGAGCUACUGCACCUCAAGUACGAGCGAGCACAUCUGGCAUACCUGCAUGCCAUAGAAAGCAUCAGGGAUGCUGAGGCUGGCACAUAUGGACAGAGGACCAUUGGGCAGUUCUUGAGGAAGGAAAGCACUCCACGUGCAUUCGGGUCAUAUGAUGAUCAAGAUGGCUGGUAUGGAGUCUCCGUGUCCAGCUUCUACCUGACUGACUGCCUUCUAGAUGAGUACAAACGUCAAGAGCCAGCCAUGUCCAAACUCCUCCAGGGCACAUUUGGGAGGGUCUUCAGGUCUGACCACACCAGGAAAGUUGCAAGAAAAGUAACGCUGGCAUCUGGGGUCAUGUCAAGUUAUGCAAUAAUGAAUGAGAACUGGCUGAUUGUUUCCUGGGUGAUGGUUCAGUCUGAGACUCAGAGGUCCUUGGAGCCGAUGUACCAGGGAUUGGCCAAGAGGUACAACGAUGCUGGAGUGGAAAAGGCAGGCUUCCACUGGAUGGACAGGGAUUGCUGUGCUCCAUUUAAGAUCCCAGACUGCAUCCCUGCUGAACAUCUAAACUGGGAUGCCUGGAAGACUACCCCUUCCAUUGUUGCUGGGGCCACCUCUGGACCGCUGGAGAACACCUGUGCCUCACGGUCAUAUUUCAAUAAUAACAUUGUGGUGAAGCUGGACUUGUUCCACUGCCUGAGGCGUUUUUCACGGGAGAGCACCUCUGAGCAUCACCCUCUGUUUAGCACUUUCUGCCAGCUCCUCUCUGCAGCCUUAUCUGUGGUGGAUCAGGAGGACCUAGGGAGGCUCCAGGAUGCCUAUCGUUUCUGCGGUAUCCAUCCAGCCAAUCCCACCAAACAGCACAUACGGGAGCACUGCAGGACCAAAGUACCACAACCCACAGAGCUGCUAGACAGAGUGGAGAAAGUCCUAAAGCAUUUUCACCUGGCCAUGGACCCCAACAAUGUUCCACUCUUCAAAUCAUCCAUGCUGAAGACGUGGCGCAUACAGAGAGUGCACAUUCUCCGUGGUUGCCUCAGUGACCCUGAACUCUCAGAGGGCAUAAUGUACCGGUAUGGUGGAACACUUCAACUUAAUCAUGUACCCGGUGAAGGCGCCAAAGUCCCCAUCUGGAUUCCUGUCAGAGGUACAUCACAGCAAGAAGGGUACCACUUUCACCAGGCCCAAUGGAUCACAGGGACUCAUGUCUCCACUGAAUUGUUCCAGGCCCAGGGCAUGACAGGGGUGGCACGGUGGAACCACCAACGUAUGCUGGAUCUUAAGCAGCCAGGUGUCAUCCUUCCUGCUGUGUUUGAUCCAGCUCUAAUGGUUGAGUUAAAUUCUACCUCCAAGAAAGUGACUGGGGAGGAGAAGUAUCCUACACUUCAUCUCUCUGACAGAGACACUAGAGAGAGGUUUGGCCUAGAGUACACAGAGCCAGGCUGCCGUCCAGUCCCUCUGGAUUGGGACAAACACCGAACCCAAAAGAGAGGUGAACCAGCUGCUCUUUUGCCUCUUCCUCCUGUGCAGACACCCACUCCUACCCAAGUCCAAGCUCAACCUCCAGACACAGCACCUUCCUCCAGCCGGACACAGCUCUCUGACACAGCAUCCCCUGGACCAGCAUCAUCCAUCAGUCAUUUGCUCUCUGCUGGUGAACCUCCUGCAGUGAUGGAAAUCUCACAUGCUGAACCUGCUGCAAUCCAUAUGGUACAGAUGUUGUCACAAGGAAGCAUGGGACCUCCAGUUAAAAGGGAAACCUUAAAUACUCCACCCAUACCUUUGCAAUCCUCACCAAGGAGUGCCCGCACUGGACCAAUCAAGACUGGUGGACAAGUGUUCGUCUUGGACCAUAAACGCUGGACAUCACCAAUGAAGGAGGCUAUUGACAGCCUCCUAGACAAGUACCAUGGACAGAAAGACAUGUUAAAGCUUGUGGAUCAAGAUUAUGCUGCUAUGGUCCAUCGGUCUGCCACAGAUCCAAACAGUCUGCUUCACCCCACAACCAAGUACCACAUAGCACAGUACAUGAAAAACCUGGCUAAACAGCUGAACACAAGUUCAUCAAUGAACACAAGUCAAGAAAAACUUUUGGAGACACAAAAACUGUGGCAAAGUUUAACUGAGGAAAGCGAGACUGUCCAUGUUCCAGUUGUAGAACUGCCACCAGCCAUUGUGAAUCCAGCAGUUCCGGUCUCUCAGCCAGCAUCUGAAAAGCAAGUAUCAAAAGAGAAUGUACAGAAAAUAGUACAGGAAAUACUGCUACAUCAACAGGAGCAGCAGCAGCAGCAGCAGCAACAAAAACCCAGACAGACGAAAAAAUGUCUCGCAUGUGGGCAGCCAAAAUCCCGCUACCAAAGUGAUGGAUCAUCAGUUCAUCACUUUUAUCAGCAAGGGCCUGUUAGGUAUCACUAUUGCUCCACAAAGGUGUUUAAAGCCUAUGCUGCAGAGGGACUGACAAAUCCAAGAAUGGCCUUUGAAGAGUUUGCCCAGACUGACUUCUUUCAGCGUGAACUGCAUCUUACAAAGCAAAGAGUAGAGGAAAAAGCUGAAAAGAAGAGGAAACUCUCGGAUCCUCAACCUCAGGGAAGAAUGUGCCGUUUCUGUCGCACAGAGCUAAGGCAGGGCCCAAACAGCAAGCACAUUCACACAGGGUUUCCAGGAGUGGCAGGAAAAUACAUUUACUGUCCAGCUAAAGUCCUCGCCUUAUACAAAGACAGAGGCAUGACACAGGAAAUGACAUGGAAGGAAUUUCAAGCUUCAUCAUUUUAUGGAAUGGAAAAGGAGAGGUGGGCAGCAGAGAGAAAUAAAUAG